AGUCACGUGACCCGUCAGCUGACCCGAGUGCGGGGUGCUUAUUAAUGUCAGAGCGAUCUGCUCCGUCAUUGUUUUGUUCAUAUACUACUCUGUGAUCUCAUUGACUGUACGAGGUGAAAAUGAGAUUUUUCGUGGUGUAUCUGUUUGCUGCGCUUGCCUGCGCCUCCGAUGCUCUCGUCCGGAUUCCAUUAACGAAGUUCCGCUCCAUCCGGCGUUCUAUGUCUGAUUCAGGGAGGAGUGUGGAGGAAUUACUAGCCGGUCAAGCACUGUUCAGCUAUAACUUGGGCUUCCCCUCCAGUAAGAACCCCACUCCAGAAACCUUGAAAAACUACCUUGAUGCCCAGUACUAUGGAGAAAUUGGCUUGGGCACCCCACCUCAGCCCUUCACAGUGGUAUUUGACACUGGAUCAUCCAACCUCUGGGUACCCUCAAUUCACUGCUCCCUCACUGACAUCGCCUGCUUGCUUCACCACAAAUAUAAUUCUGCCAAAUCAAGUACAUACGUGAAGAAUGGGACUGCUUUUGCCAUUCAGUAUGGGUCUGGUAGUCUCUCUGGCUAUCUUAGCCAGGACACUUGCACGAUCGGGAACAUGACUGUGGAAAAGCAGCUGUUCGGGGAAGCCAUCAAGCAGCCUGGGGUUACCUUCAUUGCCGCAAAGUUUGAUGGGAUCUUGGGCAUGGCUUACCCUCGUAUUUCUGUGGAUGGCGUCACCCCAGUCUUUGACAACAUCAUGAGCCAGAAGAAGGUGGAGAAGAACGUCUUCUCCUUCUACUUGAACAGAAACCCUGACACACAGCCGGGUGGCGAGUUGUUGCUGGGGGGCACAGACCCAAAAUUCUACACUGGGGACUUUAAUUACGUUAACAUCAGUCGGCAGGCUUACUGGCAGAUCCACAUGGAUGGUAUGAGUGUGGGCAGCCAGCUGAACUUGUGCAACGGUGGCUGUGAGGCCAUUGUGGACACGGGCACCUCCCUCAUAACCGGCCCGUCCGCUGAAGUAAAGGCCCUGCAGAAGGCUAUCGGCGCCAUUCCCCUCAUCCAGGGAGAGUACAUGGUUGACUGUAAGAAGGUGCCCACCCUUCCCUCAGUUUCCUUCAGUCUGGGUGGCCAGUCCUACACUUUGACUGGGGAGCAGUACAUUCUCAAGGAGAGUCAGGCUGGGAGAACCAUCUGCCUGAGUGGCUUUAUGGGUCUGGACAUCCCAGCACCUGCUGGGCCACUGUGGAUUCUGGGAGAUGUAUUCAUUGGCCAGUACUACACAGAGUUUGACCGUGACAACAACCGUGUGGGCUUUGCCAAGGCGAAAUAGGUGCCUCUAGGUGUGCUGCCUCUAGGUGUGCUGCCUCUAGGUGUGCUGCCUCUAGGUGUGCUGCCUCUAGGUGUGCUGCCUCUAGGUGUGCUGCCUCCAUGGUGCCCCCUCAGACAAGAACAAGUACUAAAAAUGCUGCAUAUGGGUGAUAUGUUGCUUCUGAUGUCUGGUAGCAAUACUUCUUGUAUAGAAUUCAAUGCGCUGCUUUUAAUUUUAGAUAAGAAUUUGUGUCAUUUUAAUUAUUUUGGGGUGGUUUGCGUGAAUUUUGAGUAGUUUUAAUAUGUGACAGAACUGAUUAUUUCCCAGGUUUGGCAACACUGGAUCAAUUUUUAAUAUUUGCAUAUUUUGUCUUGUUUCAACUUUGUCCCGCCCCCACAUGUUUUAAUUAGCUCAUUUUUUUUCUUAAUUUAACACCUCAGUCUCAGAAUUGAUGGAAUGAAAUAAAGGCCUUUUCUGUUA